AUGCCCACUUCUGCUCGGACGAGCGGGACGCUCGUCUCCCCCUUUCCUGCUCCACCUGUUGCCCUAGCGGACACCGAGAAACGCUCAAGCUCCGAUUCCCGACCCAAUGACACAGGCGGGGAAAGCAAGGAACGUUCUGGCGAUUACGAGGAUGGGGAUGGGGAUGGACCCGAACAGGGGAAGGUGGACAUCAGCCAUCAGGAAGGGCAUGGGAAGAUCGAUAUCGAGCAUGUAGAAGUAGUGAACGACCCCAGGAAAUGGCCCAUGAGAGUCAAGAAACUAAUCCUUGCCUUAAUCGCGACCGCAUCCAUAGCCCCCACCCUCGGAGCGUCGAUCUACAAUCCCGCCUUCAACCAAAUACAACAAGAGCUCUCCGCGACAAGUGCAGAGAUCGCACUCUCCCUCGCACUCUUCAUCCUCGUACAGGGAAACGCCCCGCUCGUCUGGUCCGCUAUUUCCGAGAUCAAAGGCCGCAAACCGGUGUACCUCAGUUCCCUCACUCUGUUUGCAGUAGGGUGCAUCGUAGCAGCCGAAGCGCACACCAUGAGUGUGUUGAUCGGCAUGCGGAUCCUCCAAGCCGCGGGAGCGUCAGCUGUGCUCUCCAUAGGCGCUGGUACGCUGGCAGACGUUUUCGAGCCGCGAGAACGAGGCUCCAUGCUGGGGAUAUACUACGCGGCGCCUCUGCUUGGGCCCUCCCUCGGUCCUCUCUUGGGAGGAGCACUGACCACCGGCCUUGGGUGGAGGAGCACCUUCUGGUUUUUAGUGAUCUUCGCGGGCUGCACGCUGGUGCUGCUCAUCUUCUUCCGCGACACGUUUCGGAAAGAGCGCUCCCUAGCCUACCAGAGCGCGGUGAACCGAGCAGCUGCACGUGCACGCGCCAAAUCGGGUGGCACAGCUACGGUCGAAGCGGGGAGGGUUGUCACCCGAGGAGGGGAAAGCGAGGAGAUCAAGCUCUCCCUACGGGACGUGAACCCAAUCACGCCAACGUGGCGUAUUCUGCAGAGGAGCAACAACCUCACCAUCCUCUUUGGCAGUGGGCUCCUGUUUGCUUUCGCGUACAGUACGACUUAUACGGCGGCGGUGACGUUUGCUAAGCCGCCGUACAAUUAUGGGAGCUUGGAAGUCGGGCUGGUGCUCCUCUCCUUCGGCUUAGGAAACGUCCUCGGCUCCGUGCUGGGCGGUCGGUGGUCCGACCGUUCCCUAGCUCGGCUAAAAGCGCUCAACGAUGGCAAGUCCAAGCCGGAAAUGCGCCUUCAGAGCACGCAUAUCGUCAUGCCAAUCCUGCCACUGGCGACGCUCGCGUACGCGUGGACCGCGCAGGAGAAGACAAACGUCGCCGGGCCGGUGGUGUGCUUGUUCUUCUCUGGAUUUGCGACUAUGUGGAUCUACUCCUCCACCCUGGCAUACGUCGUCGAUGCUAACGUUGGUCGCUCCUCCACAGCAGUAGCAGUCAACUCCUCCUUCCGGGGUGCAGCUGGGUUCGUCGCUGCCGAAGUUGCAAUACCAUUGCAGAACGCGAUCGGCGAUGGUGGUUUGUACAGCCUGUGGGCGGGGCUGACGGUCUUGAGUUUGGUGCUCAUAUUGGUCACGGAACGAUGGGGUGGGAGUUGGAGGGAACGGGGUGUGGAGAGGGAGGAACGGAGAAAGGAGGAAAAGGAACGGAAGGCGAACGAGCUCCAGGCUGCUUAA